AUGAAGAGUAAAGGGAUCGACUACACCCGUCUCUACGCACAUCACCCCCUGGACUACGAGCGUUCCACUUCGCAGUCCCCCAACAUUCUGCGGUUUCCCGCCGACGUGUCUGACCCAACAUUUCAGGAUAACAUGGCACGCAUGCAAGGCUUCGUCGAGCAGCUGCGUGCGCGCGUGCGGUACGUGCAUGCCGGCGGUGUGGUGUCGGAGGAGGAGGCUGCCAAGGCUGGCGUCUCUGUUUUGGCUCUCGAGGCUGACGACCGCGUCCGCAAGCUGCAUGUAAGCCGUGGCAAGAUGCUCGCGCGGGAGCGCAUCGAACGGCUUAUUGACCCCGGCACGCGCUUCCUUGAGCUCUCGCAACUGGCUGGGUGGGACUUGUACUGGGACGGCAGGGAGUACGAGCGGUGCUACAGUGGCGGCAUUGUGACGGGCGUCGGCGUCGUGAACGGCGUCCGAUGCGUGCUCGUCGCGAACGACGCAACAGUGAAGGGCGGAACGUAUUACCCAAUCACGGUGAAGAAGCAUCUGCGCGCGCAGAAAAUUGCGGAGCAGAAUCAUCUGCCUUGUAUCUAUCUCGUAGACAGCGGCGGUGCCAACCUCAGUCGUCAGGACGACGUCUUCCCCGAUGAGCAGCACUUUGGUCGCAUUUUCUUCAAUGAGGCGAACAUGUCCGCCAAGUCCAUCGCGCAGAUUGCGGUGGUGAUGGGCAGCUGCACGGCAGGUGGUGCCUACGUGCCGGCCAUGGCAGAUGAGAACAUAAUCGUGGCCCGCAACGGCACCAUCUUUCUCGGCGGCCCGCCGCUUGUUUUCGCGGCCACUGGAGAGAGGGUAUCGUCGGAAGAGCUCGGUGGCGCAGACGUGCAUUGCCGUAUUAGCGGUGUGGCGGACCACUACGCGACUGACGACCUGCACGCCUUGUACCUCGCACGCCGCGCCGUGGCGAAUUUGAACUUGAGGGAGCACAACGAGGAGCGAAAUCCAAUCGAUGAGAAGCCGGUGCCACCGCUGUACGACCCGAAGGAGCUGGGCGGCUUUGUCCCGGAUAUGCUGUCGGACGUUGUCAAGAGCUUAGAUGUGCGGGCCGUCAUCGCCCGCAUCGUGGACGGCAGCCGCUUCGACGAGUUCAAGGCGCUAUACGGCAGUACACUUGUGUGCGGUUUCGCGAGAAUUGAGGGUAUGCAGGUCGGCAUCAUCGCCAACCAGGGCAUCCUCUACUCGGAGUCUGCCCUGAAGGGGGCGCACUUCAUUGGCCUGUGUACGCAGCGCAGGGUGCCGCUGCUCUUCCUGCAGAACAUCACGGGCUUUAUGGUGGGCAAGAAAUACGAGGAGGGAGGCAUCGCUCGCAACGGUGCCCGACUCGUGAUGGCAGUGUCCACGGCGCCGGUGCCGAAGAUUACGGUACUCAUAGGCGGCAGCUACGGCGCCGGUAAUUACGGCAUGUGCGGUCGCGCCUUUGAGCCGCGCUUUCUCUUCAUGUGGCCAAACGCGCGCAUCAGCGUGAUGGGUGGAACGCAAGCCGCCACAGUGCUUGCCUUGACGAACCGCAACCUGAAGAACGCCUCGGGGGCUGAGAUUGCAGCCUUCCAGAAUAAGGUCAAGGACAAGUACGAGAGGGAGGGGUCGUGCUACUACAGCACUGCGCGCCUCUGGGAUGACGGUGUGAUUGCACCGGAGGACACGCGUGUCGUCGUGGCAGAGGCGCUGCGCGCGACGCGACUGGCGCCGAUGGAGAGCAAGUAA